UGUUUUAAAGUUUUCCUAGUUCGUAAAUAGAAUUUAAAGAAAAUAUAAAUAGUUUUUAAAAUACAUUAUUAUUUAUUUUACCAAGUAUCAUAAAUCAGGAACUAGCAAUAUGGAUGGAAAAUGAACAGUGCACGUUGUUAACUUUUUUUUAAAAUUUUCGAUAUGACUUCCUCAGACUUAAAACUAAUAGAAAAGUUAAGAAAAGAGAAUUUGGAACAAUUCUUUACAUUAGUGCGAAUGCAUUUAUCAUUCGUUGUAGAUAUAAAUACAGACGACGUUGAGUGUUCAACCGACAAACCAAAGCAGUUCAGAUGGAACUUUCAUAAGAAAACCAAAACCCCAAGUUCAAAUACUUGUCAUAAUGCUAAUUAUCCAAAGAAAAGCGAAGAGGCAAACUCAAUUACUGAUGAUGGAGUACUUAGGCUUUAUGAGUUGAUUGAAUUUCUGUCUCAACCUGAAAAUGUUACUCAAGAAGGCAUUUUCCGCCGUACUGGCUCUUUGAGUCGACAGCAAGAGUUACGCCAAUUACUUAUCACUGGCUCAAACUUAGGUCUCACAGAUGGGAAGUUCACCGUACAUGAUUGUGCCUCGGUUCUCAAAGGGUUCCUGGCGGAGUUGCCACAACCUUUGCUGAUGGAUCAGUAUUAUCAAACUUACUGCACUUUGGCAGCACAGUAUCCUCCACAUGCUGAGUCAUCAGAAACAAAAUUACUGACUGCUCUGCAGCUGCUGUUGUUGCUACUUGCACCAUCGCACCGGAACUUUCUGGAUCGUUUGCUUGGCUUACUGCGACUUGUAGCUGAUAAUGAACCAAGUAAUCGCAUGUCUCCCGACACGUUAGCAACCAUGUUCACUCCGCAUUUAUUGUGCCCACGAAAGUUAUCACCGGAAACUUUUCACGCGGACGCGAUAGCCCUCUCGCCAGUGAUAAGUUUCAUGAUCCGCCAUGGCAAAGUAUUGUUCGCCGCUCCAGAGCGGUUGGCGACCGACGCCGCCGCUUACUUCACAGUGCGAGAGAGAAAACGCGCCAUGUCACCUGACGUUGAUCUGGACGAGAGUAUUACUGACAGGACUGCAGCGAACACAAUAUAUACGUUUGUGGACCGGAGGCGCACGUGCGCGGAAAACGCACGCAAUCCCACCGAUACGGCGCUGGCGCAGUUAUACGCGCACAUUCAGGCGCUACCCGACUCUGCGCACAAGAGACGCCUUGUUAAGCACUUCAAUCGACAGAACGGAUAUGGAACUCCAAUACAAAUCCAGCGAACAGGAAAAGUAGCCGGCUCUCGAAGUUUCGGCGAUUCAAUCAAGAGGCACAUCUUCAACAAAGGCCUACUGAAUAAGACGCCAAAGAAGGGCUCCGGAUCGUCGAUCAAUACAGUGGAAGAGAAGUCCAAAGGGAAAAGAUUCGCGGAAGAUACCAAAGUUGACGUGUCCCAUAAGAAUAUUGUAUUAAAGAAUUUGGCGAAUAAAAUAGUCAGCUCGGAAUCAUUGGACGAUGAUUAUGAUUCUGAUUGUAGCCACGAGAGCACGUUAUCCGAAGGUGCUCUAAACAAAUCCAGGAAACGAAGUCCAAAAUUCGUUUCGGAACCGAAUUUGAGCGUGCUAGAUUCGAAUGAUGAAACGCCCAAAAACACUAGAAAACGUUCUAGAUUGUUCCGCUCGAAAAUAAUGACGCAGAAUAUUAACAAAAAGUACCAGAAGCGAUCUACGGCUAUACGUGGAACUCCGACGUCUUGCGUUUCCUGCAUCGACGAUCAGGAUUCUGAAAACGAAUCGUUUAGAGAGAAGAGUUUAGAGAUUACACCAACGAAAUCUAAGCCUUGCGCCGAUGAAAUAGAGUUCAAAAUGCAUUAUUUGACAAGUACGCCAGGAUUUUCCGAGGAAGCUUUUGAAGAGGAUUGUAGCACGCCUUACACGAUCAAUUUUCGAAGGGCCUCGAUGUCGCCCAUAACGAAAUCCACGCAGAAGUUAUCCAAAGCGAUGCAGGAAUCAAUAAUGACUCCAAGGUCGCGUAAACCUUUGAUCAUAACGUCGGAACAGCGGGACAUGCCUAUGCCCGAAAGCGCCGAAACGAAAGACGUCUCAGCCAAAUUGAAUAUUUACCAGUCCAUAUCCCCGAAAAACGACAGCGAUUUCGUGUCCUCAGAUGACGACAUGAUGUCGAGGUCGUCUUUUUCUUGUGAAAGAUCAAGUAAUUCAGGGAAUGCAUCCCUCCAAUUAAAGGGCCGUGUAGACGUCCGGUCACACUCCGACAUAAGUCCGCUCAGGUCAGAAAUCACCCGGUUUGUCAUAAGCCAAGACAAGAAAUACAGUGCCGAUGAUCUAAACACAACAUUAUGCGGUAUUGAUGAUAUAAACUUACAACCAAAUAUAAAACAAACAUGUACAAUGACCAAUAUGGAUGAAAGAACUAAAUCUCUAUCAGAGCCCUUUAAAGAAUAUCUUUUAAGUCGAUCAGUAUUAACAGCUACGCCAGUCGAUUUGUCGAUACUAAAUAAAUCGGAUACGGCUGAUAAAAUAUCGGAUUCCCUCAUGUACUGUCUAGAUGGCAACGUACCGUCCGAUUUGACGUCUUCAAUCAGUAAUUUGGUAGUCGAUUCCACGAGUAUAUCGGAAGGUGUGCGGUCGCCUUUAAAGGAUAUAAAGUGUGUAAAUAUAGAAAUAAGCCCUAAUAGGAAGAGGUGUGCGAUUUCCGCAAGUGUCAGUAUGGAUUGCAAAAAAAUGAGCACUGAAAAAGAGAAUGUGCCGAAUUUCGAGUUGCGUGAAACUGAUCUUUAGGUCCAUAUAAUAAGGACCAAAAUAGGAUGAUAAGUGCGUUGUCGACAAUAGUAAGUUAACGUUCAAAGAGACUUCGAGUUUCGCGAAACUGGUCUUUAAGGUCUAUGGAAUAAAGUUGAAAUAGAAAGAGCUGAGUAAUUUCCAUGUUUGAUAGCAAGAAAUAAAACUUUCGGUGAGAAAUUAAUCAUUCCA